AUGCUGUUUGGAUCACAGCAACCCGCAACGAGUAAUACGAAUAGUUUUUUACCGUCAAACAAUGGAGCAUUUGUAUUUGGUAGUAGUAAUCAAAACACUGCUUCAGUAUCAACGGCCGGAACACCAUUAAACAUGUUUGGCACAAGUACAACUGCAAAUGGUUCAGUUCAUAAAUUUGAACCUGUCAUGGCAAUAGAUAAAAUAACUAAAAACAAUACCCAACAACAAAUUCGAACAAAAACUAUUAAUAUAACAGCGAUGACAAUUUAUGAAAAAAAAUCAGUGGAAGAACUACGUUUUGAAGAUUAUUCAGAUAAUCGAAAAGUUCCUUCUGCAACUGUACCAUUUUCAACCCCACAAAGUUUAUUUCCAAGCUUAUGUAUGUAAAAUAAAAGUUUCACUUGGUUUUCAUUCAUUUAGCUAACGCUUCUUAUUGUUUGUGCUUUAGCAGCAGCUUCCAUAAAUUUGUUCAGUAACAACAGUACUACACCGUCAACACUGAGUUCAAUUUUAUCCAACAAACAAAGUACAACAACAAAUACGCUGGUAUACUAAAAGCUGUUUGCUGCUCUACUCUCUAACAACAGAAAUUCUUAGAUGUCUCUCUCCUUUGCAAGAUAAACUUGGUUUUUUAAAAAAAAUUGAUACUCACAUAAGGCUUCUAACAAUAAAUGUACUUUUUUGU